AUGCGUGCCCAGGCAAAGGAUGCUGCAGAAGUUUCCAAGGAAGAAACGUCGUCCACACCAAUGAAAGAAAGCCAACAGCAUAAUUUUACGCUGUCUUUUCCACCCUUACUGGAACUGCAAGACAUUCGACGAGGAGAUUUUGUCACGUCCUCCACACUCCAAGUUCCGUGCGGUGACCGCCGGUACGAAUUCCGAGUGUUGCUGUAUCCUCGGGGAGGUGGACACAAUUCGGCCCAACAAGGGGAUGCUGUCGAAGAUCGUGUGGGAGUCUACCUGCAGUUCUUACCCCAGCAUGACAAUGACACUGUGGAUGCUACCUUUGGUCUUCGUCUCAAGGGCAGACAAAGCCAGGGACCCAGGUUUGACGUGGAGUGGAAAUCCGGUGUGAGGUUUGUGCCUUUGGACAAGGCCAACCUCAAGGAUGGAACCGCCAAUGACUUUGGUUCCCACAUGAUGCAAUCACAUCUACUAGAAGACUUUCUAGGAGGCGAAGACAGCGAAGAAUCGCUAGAUGUUGAAGUGACAGUGAAGAUCCAUCCUGCUAGUGAAAGCAGCCUCAGUCUUGCCACAGGCAGCAGCCUUGAGAACGAAAAACCAUCAUCCAAUUUUGGCUUCUUUAGGGAUAUUCGAGAGAUUGAGGACUGUGGUGGUGGCGGCGAAGGGAGCCUCCAACAGCACAAUCCAGAGAAUGUCCGAGUUGGAAAGAUCAUUGUACCAAUUUUGCAACGGCUUUCGCAGAGGCCCCGCAUGUUUGAGCUGGGAGCCUAUCCGGGAGUCGAGUACAGGAUCAUGCGGAUCCUGCAUCCGGAAACUGGAGAGGACAUUUUCACGUCCAUGCAUGGAGCAGAUUAUGAACUCAAACCAAUCUACCCAUUGGUUGCUGCUUUGGAACGGAACUGGCCUGUGCGAGUCAACGAGAAGGAACUGCCCAAAAUCUACACCAUGACCAUGUUCAACGUCAUUUCGGCUCUAGGAUCGCUCUUUACAGCAGUUGCUGGCCUGACAACCGCCUUUAUCAUUUCCCAGCUGGUUUCCAUCUUUUUCAUCCCGUCCAAGUCGAUGGAUCCGACUCUGCAGGUUGGGGAUGUACUGCUGGUGGAAAAAGUGACGCCACGCGUAUUCAACAGCAACCCUCCCAACGAAGGCGAUGUUGUCCUCUUCAAUCCAAACGACAAACUUCAAGCCAUUGUCAAGGCAAAUGGUGGUAGAAUCUCGGAUCGAGACUUGUUUGUCAAGCGCGUUGCAGCGGGUCCAGGAGACUACGUGUCGGUCGAAUCCACCGGUAGUGUGUCUGUCAAUGGUGUGGCUGCCAAGGGACGUCGAGACCUUUGUGAAGAAGAACCACUGAAGUUGAUUGAACGAUACGUUCAGCCAGUCGACAAGCAGGAUAUCAAGAAGGAUCAAGUUUUCGUGUUGGGCGACUGCAGUUCUGUGAGUGUGGACUCGAGGGUCUGGGGUCCUGUGAACAAGAAUGAAAUUGUUGGGAAGCCAUUAUUUCGAAUUUGGCCUGUGGAAAGAUGGGGUCCCAUCCCAAGGAUUCCAACGAACGAUGAUGCUGGGAGUAUUCCGAUUGAAGCUUCCGCAACAGGUUCGUUGGUUACUGAGUGGACCGAACGAUGA